UAACGUUCUGGUGCUGUGACUGCCGUGGGUGUGUGUGUGAUUUUUCAUCAACGCCGCGGACGAAAAAGUCUUAAUACUUUAUUUAGUUAUUAAUAUUGAACGAUAAAACUUAACGAUGGCGUUGCGUGUCCUUGGAGUGUCGCAGAAUAUGCGCACCUUUGUGCGUGGCGUUGACAUGAUCAAGCGCUACAAGUCUGCUGCCACCCUGCAGAAGACCCUGCUGAACAUACCUGCCACCCAGGUGACCAAGCUGGACAACGGUCUCCGCGUGGCUAGCGAGGAUUCCGGCGCUUCCACCGCCACCGUGGGACUUUGGAUCGAUGCUGGCUCCCGUUCCGAAACCGAGAAGAACAACGGCGUGGCCCACUUCCUGGAGCACAUGGCCUUCAAGGGCACCGCCAAGCGCUCGCAGACGGAUCUGGAGCUGGAGGUCGAGAACCUAGGCGCCCACUUGAAUGCCUACACCUCUCGGGAGCAGACUGUGUUCUACGCCAAAUGUCUGUCCAAGGAUGUGCCCAAGGCUGUCGAGAUCCUGUCCGACAUCAUCCAGAACUCCAAGCUUGGCGAGUCGGAGAUCGCCCGCGAGCGUUCGGUGAUCCUGCGCGAAAUGCAGGAGGUGGAGAGCAACCUGCAAGAGGUGGUCUUCGAUCACCUGCACGCCACCGCCUACCAAGGCACCCCCCUGGGUCAGACCAUCCUCGGACCCACCAAGAACAUUCAGUCCAUUGGCAAAUCCGAUCUGACCGACUACAUUCAGACCCACUACAAGGCUUCGCGCAUCGUUUUGGCUGCCGCCGGCGGUGUCAAGCACAACGAUCUGGUCAAGCUGGCUAACUCAAGCCUGGGCGGCCUGGAAGCCAGUGUUCUGCCCCCAGAGGUGACUCCCUGCCGCUUCACCGGCUCUGAAGUGCGCGUCCGUGACGAUUCCCUGCCCCUGGCCCAUGUGGCCAUCGCUGUCGAGGGCUGCGGCUGGACCGACCAGGACAAUAUCCCCCUGAUGGUGGCCAACACUCUGGUGGGUGCCUGGGACCGCUCCCAGGGUGGUGGCGCCAACAAUGCCUCCAACCUGGCCCGUGCCAGCGCUGAGGAUAACCUUUGCCACAGCUUCCAGUCGUUCAACACCUGCUACCGGGACACUGGUCUCUGGGGCAUUUACUUUGUCUGCGAUCCCCUGCAGUGCGAGGACAUGCUCUUCAACGUGCAGAGCGAAUGGAUGCGCCUGUGCACCAUGGUCACCGAGGCCGAGGUUGAGCGUGCCAAGAAUCUGCUGAAGACGAACAUGCUGCUUCAGUUGGACGGCACCACGCCCAUCUGCGAGGACAUCGGUCGCCAGAUCCUGUGCUACAACCGCCGCAUCCCCCUGCACGAGCUGGAGCAGCGCAUCGAUGCCGUCAGCGUUGGCAAUGUCCGCGACGUGGCCAUGAAGUACAUCUACGAUCGUUGCCCGGCCGUCGCCGCCGUGGGUCCCGUCGAGAACCUGCCCGAUUACAACAGAAUCCGCUCCUCCAUGUACUGGUUGAGGGUGUAAGAGGGAGGUCACACCGAAUCCCCGACGUUGUUGGACAUGUAGUUUAAUUCAAAAAAGAAAAUUUCGCCCUUCAGAGGAUCAGUAAACCGAUAAUACCAAAAGUUAA